UUCUCGUCAGAACAUUGGUAGACUUCACUUCAUGCGCAAAGUGUGUUCAGAGUUCCAGCCUCACCACUUGCUCUUGAAAAUCCAGGAAUUUUAUUACGGCUGGAAAGACUGUGUGCUUUUUUGCGGGGGAUUGUUUGGAGGUGGAUAACUUACCGCGAUCAGCUGUCUGGGGAAAAAUUUUGAACUGUUGAAGUUGUUUUGAGGUACUGGUACAACCUCUGGACAGCUGCGAUGGAUGCUAAAAAGUUACCGUAUUGGGAGUUUUCGUGCCUCAUUUUACUGUGCUUUCUGCCGGCCAUCUCUAAGGCAUCAUGGAUGUGGCUCGGCAUAGCGUCUCUUGGUACCGUCAACCAGCCCAGCGAUACAAACCCACCGGCCAGCAGUAGCCCCGGCCUCGCACGGACGCAGCCGACUACCCUGGGCCAGUCUGUGUGUUCCCUCGUGCCCGGACUGGCUCACGAGCAGCGUACCGUUUGCGAACAGAGACCCGAGGCCAUACCGGUGAUCGGGGCGGGGGCACGGCUGGGCAUCACCGAGUGUCAGAGGCAGUUCCGGGACGAGAGGUGGAACUGCACCAUUCAUGAUCAGGAGCAGAACGCAUUUGGAAAGGUCCUCAAAACAGGGAGUCGGGAGACGGCCUUCGUGUACGCCAUCACCAGCGCAGGCGUGGUACACGCCGUCACCAAGACUUGCAGCCUGGGAAACCUGACAGACUGUUCCUGCGACGAGUCGCGCAACGGGAUGGUCAACGCCGAAGGCUGGCAGUGGGGCGGCUGCAGCGAUAACCUUGACUACGGCAUCCACAUCGGCAGGCAGUUCGUGGACGCCGGGGAGGUGCGAAGGGACGAGGAGGAAGGAAAAAGCAGCCGGGUCCGAGGCGCCAUGAACCUGCACAACAAUGAGGUUGGAAGACAGAUGAUCCAGCAGCUCAUGUCCAGACAGUGUCGAUGCCACGGGGUCUCGGGCUCUUGCACUGUCAAGUCCUGCUGGAACACCAUGCCGGACUUCCUGGUCGUGGGCGACCACCUCAAGAAGCGCUACCAGCGGUCGGUGGAGAUCCUCAACAGGCCCAGCAAGCGUCGGCUCCGGCGGAAGGACCGCGCCCAGCGUAAAGCACCCAUCGGUCGCGACGAGAUGGUCCACCUGGAGCGCUCACCCAACUACUGCGUGCGGGACCCGAGCAAGGGGAUCAUGGGCACGUUGGGGAGGGAGUGCAACCGGACCUCGGACGGGGCCAGCAGCUGCGACUUGCUGUGCUGCGGAAGGGGUUACAACACCCAGGAGGUGCGCCUGGUAGAGCGAUGCGACUGCAGGUUCAUCUGGUGCUGUGAGGUCAAGUGUAGGAUCUGUGAGACGGUGACAGACCUGUACACGUGUAAAUGAGGAUGCAGUCUUCUCUCCUAGCGAAGAAAUGGCAGAGACAUUUCCUUAGUCACAAGACGGAGCAAUAAAGACUUUAGCUCUUGUUUAUACGCAGCAGUUGGAAUGGCCUUGAAAAACUCGGCCACACCCUCAAGUCCCAUGUCAAAUCUGUCGUGAGAUGGAUAGGGGUGUGUGGGGAAAAUAGGUUCCCCCAUGACAAUGGGACAAGACGAAAAACGAAAGCAAUAUGAAAGAAAUGAAAGGAAGAGAAGCAAACUGAGUCACUAUUUAAGCCACUUUCUUUGUGAAUAUUAUAAAAGGUGUCUGUAUUGUAAUUUCAAGAUUUUGUUUAACCUGCGUCACUUUUUGGACCAGCUUUUUCAAUGGCCAAAGUUUGAUUUUGUGCCAAAUACACGUUUCAUCCAGGACACACGCAAAGCUCGACUGAUUAACCAUACACAUGGGCACCAGAGAUACCCCAGCCAAUAAGCACGGAAUCACAGAGUCUUGGUUCAAGGGCCCCCAAAUUUCCCUUUCCUCAUUUCCACAAUAACUCGUCGGGUGCCCAGCAGAAGGGCUUAUUCAAGUGAACUUACGCCCUUUUGCCGGGAAGCAUGAUCACAGCAGAAAAAAAUGUUCCCGGCGAAAGGGUGUAAGAAACAC